UAUAAAGUAAUGUGUCUCUCAAUUGAUUUGACUAUAAUAUUCAUGCCUACUGCAAAUAUGAGACUUCACCACUUUCACUUUUCUUAAUCUCCGUCAAACACCAAAAAUCAUCUCUUUCUUUUCUUUCACUCUUUUCAUCAAACACCAUGUCUUCAAUCACAACCGCACAAGGCGCCGUCUUCGCAACCGCCAUGGCUGUCUCCGGCACCGUCAUCCUCCUCGCUCUCCGUCUCCAGAAGUCUCUCCCACCAACCCAAUUCUCAUCGCUUCACGAAACCCCUCCUUCUCGCCCUCCAGUUCUACGAUCUUGUAUAUCCUCCGGUGGAAAGAAAGCGAAGAAAAAGAAGAAGAGAGUUCAUUUUGCGGAGGAUGUUAUGGAUACGUGCGGAGAUGGAGAAGAAUACAGAAAGCAGCAUUCUUUGAAGAUGAAUUCGAGAUCAAAGGUUUCGAGGAACUGUAAUGGCGGAAAUGAUAACCGAGGAAUGCCUGCAAAUAGAGUUGCUUUGUAUAACGGAAUUCUCAGAGAUCGUGUUAAUCAACGAUUGGCUUAUUGUUGAAUUUGUUUUUUUUUCUUCUUCUUUUUCUCUGUGUGAAUAUUCUGUUAUUAUGCUUUUUUUUCCUUCUUUUUUUCCUCCAGUUUUUGUAAUUACAGUAAGUAGAAAAUAGAAGUUAAUAUUGGAGGGUCCACCAGAAAUAAUAGUUGUUGGAUUUGUUAUGUGAA